CCAGGCAGUUCCUGUCAGCUCUGAUGAGAGGCUGGGCUGGGAACCCUGAGCCUUCCGGUCUUCUAUGCAUGCCUGCGAGUCACUGGGCUGCAGGGCCACCAAGAAUGGGCAGAAGAAUUUGAAGUCGGAACCACCUUCUCUGUCACCAUUCUGGACCCCAGUGGUAUUUUGGGGUUGGCAGGCUACCCCAAGAAGCAGGUCCUGUGUACACAGGAAGUCAGAGGGACCUCGUAUGUGACACUGUCUAGCAAAACCAGCACUCCACCCCUUGCCCAGCUUCCCCCAAGCCCUCCUAGCUUGGAGCUGGAGCUGCAGGCCAUACCAGAGCCCACGCCCGGAUCGGGCGCACAGGCCUGCCAUUGUCCGACAGUGCCAGGCACCCACGUGAAGAAUGUGAGGCAGCAGGCUGGGGGUUUGUCCCUGCAGUGGGGGCUGAGGCUGUGCGGGGAGGAAGCUGGCCAUGCUGCAGCUCAGGAAAGGCAGUGGGAUGCAGGGGAUGCAGGGAGGCGGCUGGGAGGCUGGCUGGAGUGGGAGCAGGGGUGUGACAUUCCGCCUGCGCCCAUGCCAAGCCCGCGGGGCCCCGCAAUGAACGUGAGAGGAUUGCUAAUGAGACCCAGGGGAGUUAAACAUUCCCUGUUCCCGAGGGCUGAGUGAGAAGGGGGCAGACAGGGGUCUAGGAGGGGGCGGCCUGAACCCCAGGAAUGUACAGAGGCCCCUGCCCCUGCCAGGCUGCUCUGGAGCUAGGGGCCCAGGCCUGCUGUCUCAGGUCCCAGCAGGAGCUGCUGAGCCAGCCAGCAAAGGGAUUAACUGGCUGAGCAGUUCUCCUUCCUCCAGGCCCACGCCAGCAUCUGGCGCAGGUCUCCCCAGCUCCCCACCACAUCUGAGGCUGGCCUGCAGCCACUGCUGGCCUGGUAACUGUAGGGUCCUUCUUCUGACUCCUCAGAUUCCCAAACAGACCCUACAGCACAUGUCCCCUGGUUUGGUCUCCCCUAUUUUGAUACACAUGGCUUCCAGGUACCCAGGACUCUUCUCCCCGACACCUCAGCUCUAGCCUAGUCUCUGCACAUCUGACCUCGGAGCCCCUACCAAAAACUAACUCUAGGGGGUAUAACUCAGUGGUAGAGUGUUAGCCUUCCAUGUGCAAGGCCUGGUUUCCAUACCCAGCGCGCACGCGCGCGCACACACGCGCGCACGCACACACACACACACACACACACACACACACACCCCUAACUCUAGUUUUUCCUGCUGUAACUAGAAUCUUUCCUUCCCUUUCCAUCCUCAAGUUAGUGGACAAGAAACCCCAGGUUCAGGUCAGGGACGAAGGCACAGCAAAGCCAUCCGCGGAGCUGGAGCUUCCGGGAGGGAUUAGAAUUCUCACUGGAAUCACACUCCUGAAGGGGUUUCCCUGGCGGGGAAGGCCUUGAGAGGGGAAGAGUCACUCCCUCUAGCCCCUCCCUUCCUUCCUUUUGAGGCAGGGAGGGCAAGGGUACCCCACCUUGGGCACCAGGUCCCGCUCUCCACCCCCAAGAAGCUGGGCAAGAGCCUCUGCCCGGGGACUGGCUGUGGGCGGGCUUUGGCCUUUUCCAGCCCCUGGGCCGCCCCCUGCAUUCUGGAAUCCAGCAGCCACGGCCUUUUCUAGGCUGACUGUGGCUGGCCAGCCAGCCAUCCCCUCCGCUCCCUUCCUCCUCCUGUGCCACUUAGCUUCCCUGUUCCAGCUGUUCCAGCUGUUCCUCUCACCAUGACCGCAGCGCGCCUCGAGACCCUGGCCCGCCUCUGAGCCCUGGAACCCUCCGACUCCUCCCUAGGCCAUGGCCAACUCAGGCCUCCAGCUCCUGGGCUACUUCCUAGCCCUGGGUGGCUGGGUGGGCAUCAUCGCCAGCACCGCCCUGCCACAGUGGAAACAGUCCUCCUAUGCAGGCGAUGCCAUCAUCACGGCCGUGGGCCUCUACGAAGGGCUGUGGAUGUCUUGCGCCUCUCAGAGCACCGGGCAGGUGCAAUGCAAACUCUAUGAUUCGCUUCUGGCCCUGGACGGUCAUAUCCAGUCAGCGAGAGCCCUGAUGGUGGUGGCGGUGCUGUUGGGCUUUGUGGCCAUGGUGCUCAGUGUCGUGGGCAUGAAGUGUACACGGGUUGGAGACAGUAACCCCAUCGCCAAGGGCCGUGUGGCCAUCUCUGGGGGUGCCCUCUUCCUCUUGGCGGGUCUCUGUACUUUGACCGCCGUCUCGUGGUACGCUACCCUGGUAACCCAGGAAUUCUUCAACCCCAGCACGCCUAUCAACGCCAGGUAUGAAUUUGGCCCAGCUCUGUUCGUCGGCUGGGCCUCUGCUGGCCUGGCCAUGCUGGGGGGCUCCUUUCUUUGCUGCACAUGCCCGGAGCCUGAGAGAGCCAACAGCAUCCCACAGCCCUAUCGCUCUGGACCCUCGACUGCUGCCCGAGAACCUGUUGUUAAAUUGCCCGCCUCCAUCAAGGGCCCCCUGGGUGUGUAAAGUCCGGGUUCCCAGCCAGGCCCUCCCCACUCCUACAUCUAGAUGGUGUGUUUGGUAUUUUUUUUGGAAAGAGAAGUGAACGUUCAGCCCCAAGUGUGAUGUCAUCCUAUCUACUCCCACGCGUCUAGGGUGGGGCCUGGACUAGAGAGGUCAGAGCCAGCUCCUAAGGUGAUUGAGGUGGGUUCCAGGACACAGGCAGAGCAAGCAGGAAGCCCUGGGGUUCCUGCUUUGUAUCUCUGCCUGCCCCACCUUGGAGUCUGGACCAGGACUUCCAUGAGGAGAAAACACAGCUACUCCUAGAGACCACCUAAAGCCUGGCCUAGUAAAGGUGCAGGACCUCAGGGUGAGGGAGCCCCUUGACAUGGAGACCAUCCCAUAGGUAGAAUGUUCUAGGCCCUCCCUGGGAGCCCUCCUGAGGAAAAGGACAGUCUCUGUAAGGUCCAACUAGGGACUGGAUCACAGCCGAGUGAGGGGACACUGUAGGAGCUCCCUCAGUGAAGAAGGGGACGCAGGGGGACAUCACAUCAGGACUGUGCUGCACCGACUCCAAUGCCCUCAGUCUCAGCUCUCACCCUAACCCUACAGUGAUUGUCAGAGCUCCCUUGUCCUCAAGUGCAGCCAGGCGACAUGGACUUUGGGUCUUGAAGUCUGGCUUUGACCUUCUAGAAGAGGUAAAGUCCUUGAGGAACGGAGGGAAACCAAGAUCAACAGUAUCCUUCAUCCUCAGUGCCCAUCCAGAGUGUGCUGGCCCCUGCCUUCACCCUCAGGCUUUGCCACUCAAGCCUCUCCCUGGCCUCCAGGUCUGUCCCUCUCCUGGGAAGAGGAGUCCGCCACCACCCUCUUGUUCCCCAUAUGCCUUCCUAGCUAGGCAGCGAGCGCCCGCCGGCUUCUUCCACUUCUGGUCUGUGACCCUAUCUCCCACCAAGUGACUGAAUCCUCAGAGCCUCCGUAGCUUGUUGUUCAAGACUGUACAGUCUUGGGGGGCAGAGAUCAAAACACUGCGGCCGACAGUGGCGUGGGAGGAGGGAAGCAGGUGACAGACAGCUGCUAUGGUCAGAUAUUGACAUACCCGCUAAAUUGCUGGCCGAUGAAGCUUCUGAUGGAUGGGAGCCGUCAACCCCCGUGGAAGCCCUGAUCCUAAACAGGUUUCCCGAGGGAAGCCCCUUGAGCGGUGAGGAGCGCAGAAGUGUCCCCUCUCUGGGUGCCUGAAGCCACCAGGUGGUUCUUGGCCUUAGGUGCACAUUGGAGUCUCUUAGAAGGGAAUGCCCAGCCUCCACCCAGACACAAAGACUUAGUUGGUCGGGUGGACUCAGGCAUCAGAAUUCACACAGUUCCUUUGCAGUGUGUGGUUCAUACUAGGGGUGCCUCCUUGAGGCCUACAUCCAGACUAGCUGAGUGAUCUCUAGAGGGCAGAAGGAGCCUACCAGAAGAGGGUGGGGGAGCGGCAAGACCAGAAAGGAAGUCUCAUCCACCUCCCGCCUUUCCGGAGUCCAGAUCCCUGGAGGAGACACCCACAUCCUUCCCAUCAGUGCCCCUUUGUGCUUAAUGAUUCCGACCUGAAUCCUGUCACAUGCAGCCUGACUAACACAGAGUUUGAAACCUAUGAACCAAGUGUGACACAGAUGUCCCCUCCCCAGGCCUGGUACUCCAGCAGCAUUUGGUUUGUGAAGCUGGCAGGAAGGGUUGUGUCCCCUCUUAAGAGUCUGAGGGCUAGGAGGCUCCAAAGCUGGUGGGGGAAUUGGGAGGCAGAAAGUACUGGCUACAUCUUGUGGUUGUCAGGGGCGGGCUGUGGGAGAAGAGGGCUCCAUGCAAGGACUGGGCCUAGAAGGAGGCUGGCAUUGUCUGUUCCUCCAUUAAAGGAAGUCCCAUUCUUAUCAGUACUGGGGACUGGAAGGGCAGAGGGUCACACACCUUAAUGAACUACACAACCAAUUUACACCGUGAUUAAACCCAUGAGGUCCUGGGGGUGGGAAGGAAGUGUGUGGGAGAGACUGAAGGGGUUUCAAGCUAAAAGUUUGAGGAAUGUGAUCUCCCAGGCAUCUCCUCAAGUGACCUCAUACGUUAGGGCCCGAGGCUUUGUGUCCAGUCUCCUGUGUACUGUUCUGAUCUCAAGGCUGAGGGAUCUGGUAGAGGCUGAGGAAGAGGAGUGCAGAUACAAGGGGAUGAUGGUUCCAAAGCUAUUGUCAUUGCAUUUCAGUAAACAGAAUCCCAGAAGUGAAAUUGGCAAGUUAUACAUUUAGGGACCAUACCUAUGCGUUUGGUUCCUAAAGUCCCAGACCCUGGGGGAGCAGACCAGGAAGCUACAGGCUGAGAAGAACCUUGAAAAACAAGGAUAUGACAGAUGGCCAUGGGACAAUUUCAAGAAGUUUUUAUUUUUGUGCUACAUAAUACUGUUACUUUGUGUGAUGAUGACCCUGGGUGUAGGCUAUUUUUUUUUUUUUUUUAAUUAUUUGAUCCUUAUCUGGUAGAGGUGCAGCUGAAGCAAUGGCUGGAUUUGCUUUAACGUCUCUUAGAACAAGUUCAUGGGCAAGGAAAGCUACGACAUUGGGAAGCCAUCCCCUGACGGGGCCCUCUACCCCUCUCUUUGUAUGUUAGCCAAUGAAAGAAAAAUAAGAAAUAAAAAGUUAGAAAAGAA